CUUAAGUAAAAACAAAAAAAAAAACUCCCAAGAAAAAAUGGCUGGUGAACGUCCAAAACGCCCCUUGUCCGGCUAUAUGCUGUGGCUCAACGAACAUCGUGAACAAAUCAAAAAGGAAAAUCCCGGCAGCAAAGUUACCGAAAUUGCCAAACGAGGCGGUGAAAUGUGGCGGGCAAUUAAGGACAAGAGUGAAUGGGAACAAAAAGCCCUCAAAAUGAAGGAGGAAUACAACAAGGCCGUUAAGGAAUACGAGGCCAAUGGUGGCACCGAUACCGGUGCCCCCAAAAAACGCAAGAGCAAGGCUAACAAGGCCCCAGUCAAGAAGGCCAAGAAGAAAGAUACCUCCGAGGAGGAAGAAGAAGAAGAGAGCGAGUAAAU